AUGGCGGCCGGUAAAUUCAAAUCCCUUGAAUGUGCGAAUAGCAUCGUUAGUAUCAUUAAUGUAGGUAGGAAGUUUCUUGACGAUAGGAGAGAGCACGCUAUCCAAGUAUUCACUGAUGAUGACUACAUAAGUCCAGUAAGCUUGAAAGAACUCAGUGCAAGAUUCUCAGCAUACGACAAAGACAACUAUAAGAAUAUACAAAACAACUGCACCUCAGUACUUGGGGCUACCUGUAUUUUGGAAUGUGACAUGGAAGGAAAUUGUCGGGUGGUGGAGGGAGCCACAUGCGAUUUCAUUAAGGCUUCAAACAACAAGGCAAAAUGCGUGUUGCAGUGCGAGAAGCAGGGCAGUUGCCGUGUGGCGGAUGGAGCCAUUUGUGACUUUAUAGAAAAUAACAACGAAGAGACUUCAGAUAACAAUGAGCAUAGAAGAACAAAGAGGGACGAUAGUGCUGGAAAAGGAAACCAUCAGGAAAUGAGAAGUGCAAUCUUCGAAUUGUCGGUGCGAUGUACAAACGUUCUGCGUUGUGGGCGGAAGGAUUCAAAACCUGUAAAACCACCAAAAAAGACUACCUCAGUCAUCGCAUGCUGCUUACAGUGUUUGCACGGCUAUCCUCCGUGCGUCUCCAUAUCUUUUAACAGGAAGACGAACAAAUGCACACUGUUCCAGUACUUAGGGUUGCCCAACAAGGUCAAAAACGAAAAAAUGAUAUAUUAUUCCAUUAAACCAUACUUUACUGACUGCAGUCAAAUUCCAAAGGGACUGCCACGAUCAAAAUCUGGCAUUUAUGCCUUGACAACGGGAAAGGAAACGUUUCUUGCGAUGUGCGAAAUAGAUGAUAACGAAGGUUGGACCGUGUUGCAGAGACGACAAAAUAGCACCUUUAAUUUUAACAGAACAUGGGCUGAAUACCAACGAGGAUUUGGUCACUUACGCGGUGACUUUUGGUUCGGGCUCGACUUUAUGCACAAGCUCACGUCCGGCGGGCAUUUCCAUCUCCGCAUGAAAGUCACGACCAAAUCAGGAGACGUUUUUUCAGCCACUUACGCUUCAUUUCGCAUUCUACAAGAAAGUAAACAUUAUGAGUUGAGACUUGGGAAGAUCAUAAAUGACGAUGGUGGUCCUGUAAUCUCUAAUGAAAUCAAGACAAGUUUCUCAACUUACGACCGGGACAAUACUGAACAUAAAAGCAACUGCGCUUUAAAAGAUGGCGGCGGGUGGUGGUUUCGUACAUGUUCGUAUUCAUGCUUUAUAAACGGUUUAUAUUCUUCGAGUUUCAAGUGUGAUAUUAAUGAUGAAAUGCAACAGUUGAGUAGCUCAGUAUUGAUGAUAAAGCCAGUCUUGAUAUCAAGUCUAUACUGGAAGAUGAUUUUCAUCAUUCAUCAUCAUUAUCAUCAUUCUCAUCAAUCAUUAAUUCUG